GGUCUUAACCCUUUUGCCUUUAUUUCCCCCUCAAGACAAAAAAGGAGAGCGACAAACACUUUCUGUCUUAAUUUUGUUCCUUUCCUUCUUUCUCCGUCUCUUGAUUUCUCAAUCCGUUCUUUCCAUAUAAUUGAAUUUUUUUAACAAUCUCGAGCUGAAAAAUGCCUUUAGGCGCUGUCGUAUACCCGCAAGAUACAUCCGGAUACCUCUCUAAUUGCAAAGAUUUCAUGUUUUACGAUUUGUCUUAUCAAGAAGAGGUAGUAGCUCAAGACACGAAGAACAACAUUGAUACGUUAGGCCAAGAACAAAGUUUUGUGGAAAAAGAUGAGGAAGAACGUCAAUGGCGAGACUAUCAUCAUAAGUACCCUUUAAUCCCUUUGUUGGAUGAAAAGCUUGAUCUUCGCGCCACUGAUGUGGAAAAUCAUCCUCCUAUACAACCGAGGAGGAAGAGAAGGAGAACGAGGAGCAACAAGAACAAGGAAGAGAUCGAGAGCCAGAGAAUGACUCACAUAGCCGUCGAGAGAAAUCGCCGGAAACAGAUGAAUGAGUACCUCGCCGUACUCCGUUCUCUAAUGCCGUCGUCAUAUGCUCAAAGGGGAGAUCAAGCGUCGAUAGUAGGAGGAGCCAUUAACUAUGUAAAGGAGUUAGAGCACAUCUUACAAUCAAUGGAGCCUAGGAGAACCACAACGACGACCCAUGAAGUUGACACAAGCACUAGCUCAUUGAUGAGUCCCUUCUCAGAAUUCUUCACUUACCCUCAAUACUCGACAAAAUCAUCAUCAUCAGCAACGGAAAACUCAUCUUCACCGGCAGAGAUAGAAGUGACGGUGGCGGAAGGCCACGCGAACAUCAAGAUAAUGUCUAAGAAGAAGCCGAGGCAGCUUCUUAAGCUCGUAGAUUCGAUACAGAGCCUAAGGCUAACUCUUCUUCAUCUCAAUGUCACCACUCUCGACAACUCGAUUCUCUACUCCAUCAGCGUCAAGGUCGAAGAAGGGAGCCAACUGAAUACUGUAGACGACAUUGCAACAGCUUUGAAUCAAAUCAUAAGGAGAAUUCAAGAAGAGUAAUAAUUUAAUAUUAAUUUACUUAGUAUUUAAUGUUCCCUGUUCCCUAUAUUUAUUUCGAAUAACUGAACUACUGAUUCAUCUUAUAUAUGUAGUUUUACUGCUUCUCUUUAUUUUAUCUGUCAUUUGUUUCCUGUAAUGAAUCAGUUGUCGUUGGCCUCUA